AUGAUUCGCUACUCGGUAUCCAAGGUUGCCAAUCUCCUGUUUGCCCAGGAACUCCAGCGGCUGAUGGACGAACAAGGGCUGCCAAUCUUGUCUAUCUCAGUGCAUCCAGGAGCCGUGGCCAGUGACGGGAGCAAGGAAAUCGGAAAUUUGGUCUUUUCGCUCCUCAGAGCAGCCAUCGUUAUAUCGACUGAUCAAGGUGCUGUGACGCCUCUUUUCGCGGCCACCGCAAGCGAAGUUCGCGAAACCCCCGAUAAGUUCAAAGGCAAAUAUUUGGAGCCUUUUGGAAAGGUCGUGACUCCGAACAUAGUAGCCAAUGACAUGGAGCAGGUCAGAGGAAUGUGGCAAAAUACUACCACUGAAGUCAGCAAGUAUCUUUCCGAGAUUGGAGUCGCACCUCUAGAGCAGUGGUAA